GUUUUGGUAGAUUCUGAAAGACGAAAACCACACUGCUCUGCGAAUUUCCACGAAGACAAACGCUCAGAAGCGUCCUCCUUCGUGCUAUAUGAUGCCGAGCGUGGACUCUGAUCCGGGGGAUCGUGACUCGGAGCCAUUCGUAGAGGUCGAUCCGAGCGGCCGGUAUGGGCGGUACAGCGAGCUGCUCGGUUCCGGCGCAGUGAAGAAAGUGUAUCGCGCAUUUGAUCAAGAGGAAGGAAUAGAGGUGGCAUGGAACCAAGUGAAAUUGCGAAACUUUUGCGAAGAUCAAGCAAUGAUGGAUCGUGUUUUUUCCGAGGUUAGAUUGCUGGGGACUCUGACGAAUAAGAAUAUUAUUGCUUUGUACAGUGUGUGGAGAGACGAACAAAGAAAUAUUUUGAAUUUCUUUACUGAAGUUUGUACCUCUGGGAAUUUGAGAGAGUAUAGGAAGAAGCACAAGCACGUUUCAACGAAGGCGUUGAAGAAGUGGUCAAAGCAAAUUCUCAAGGGUUUGGAGUAUUUGCAUACUCAUGAGCCGUGUAUCAUUCAUAGAGAUCUCAAUUGUAGCAACGUCUUCAUCAAUGGCAACGAUGGUCAAGUAACUCUCUCUCUCUCUCUCUCUCUUUCUCUCUCUCUCUCACAAACGCACUACACAGAGGCAUAUCUUCGCAGGCACACCUAUGACCUAUCUGUGCCUCUAUAUGACCAUCUUUUUGGUUGA